AUGGAGAAAACGUCUCUCAAGCUUGUUUUCUUGUUAUCCCUCAUAGUCAUAGUAUUUUGUUCGUCUUUAGGUGAUGCAAGAGAGAUGAUGGUGGAGCAAGUGUACUGCAUCGAAGGCAAAUGUCCUCAAGGAAUGAAGAACUGUAACUGCUUGCCGCUAACAGCACAUAUAGAGGGAAAUGAUUACGGUCAGCCUUGCGAUACAGCUAAAGACUGUUACAAGUUCUGUCCUCCGCAAUGCAAGCCUGGAACCUGUUCCUGUAGGUGUGAUUUUGGUUGUACAUGUACCUGUUGUUGA